CGGGUGCAGGUGCGCUGACGCUCUUUUGGUCUAUGUUUGCUGUAAUACUUUUAAUGUGUAUUCCAGUUAAAGCAUACCAAGUAGCCCCUGUCCAUGAGACUAACCAUGCAGACUGCACUAUGGAUGAAGCUUUGCUUCAUGUGCAUAUCACUGUGGAAAAACCAGACAGUUCUGUGGAGUUUUUGCUGGAAUACAAGUCUGAUGUUUGUUAUGAAUGUAAGUACCAGCCUGUCCUGAACAGCUCAACUGGGGGAGUCUUUUAUUUCCAUCAAAAUUCAAAUGUUGAUCUGAAAGUGGAUACACAGCACCCAGUGGCUCUGAUGGUUUUUGCAGCAUGGCCCAAUGGCACUAUCCUUGAAUUAUGCAGAGUUGACUCUUUUUCAUUUAAAGAGUGUGGAAAUUAUUCCUUAUAUAUAAUGAAAGACCUACCUGGGAAUAGCACAUGUAAUCUUACUCCAGAUUCAGAGGUCUGGGACAGUAAUAUACCAAUCUAUGUUGCUAUUGGAGUUUUUGUGGCCUUAGCUCUAUUGUGGAUCUUUUUGAAAUUCCUAAUAAGGAAAGGGUAUAUAUACAAAUUAUUUUGUAUGCAGUCUGACCACCUGGUGACCACAGAUCUUGGCAUAAUAACAAUUGUAAAUGAAGAACAACCAGAAAACAAUAAAUCUAAGGAAAGGCUCAACUCACUGGAUGCUUUCAGAGGACUAGCACUAACUGUGAUGAUCUUUGUGAAUUAUGGCGGAGGUCAUUACUGGUUCUUUAACCACUCUGCAUGGAAUGGACUUACUGUAGCAGAUCUUGUUUUUCCUUGGUUUGUUUUUAUCAUGGGAACAGCAAUGGCCUUCUCAUUUCGUGGUGUGAAAAAACGCAAAGUAUCUAAGUUGGACAUUUUGAAGAAAAUAGUUUUCAGAACAGUUGUUCUUUUUAUACUUGGAAUAAUAAUCAAUACAAAGGAUUCUGUAACUGAACCAGAUAAGUUGCGUAUCCCAGGCGUCCUCCAAAGGUUUGCUGCCACAUACCUAGUCCUGGCUGUCAUGGAGAUGUUCUUUGCCCACCCAGAUCCUGCAGACAUGGAGGAAAAGAAUUUAAAUAGCGAGGACUUGCUCCUAGGCAGGGAAAAGGACAGUGAAAAAAUACGAUUAAUGGGCUUGAGGGACGACAUGAGGCUUAUCAACAGAUCCCUUGGCAGUAAUUCCCUGGCCUCUAUUGAUGCUCCACAUCCCCCGCAGCAGACCAAAUGGUGGCAUCCAAUUCGAGACAUAGUGCUGUACUGGGCAGAAUGGAUCAUAGGUUUAAGCUGUGCCAUCGUUCAUGUAGCAGUAACUUUUGCUGUUCAAGUGCCAGACUGUGAUGUUGGCAACAUUGGUCCUGGUGGUCCUUUAUAUUAUAAUGGCUCCCACGCUAAUUGUACAGGAGGAGUUGCUGGGUACAUAGACCGCUGGAUUCUUGGCAGGGACAGGAUAUAUCAAUCCCCUUCCUUUAGGUUUGUUUAUAGCACCACUUUACCUUAUGAUCCGGAGGGAAUAUUGGGAACACUCACCUCAAUAUUUAUAUGCUUCCUGGGGUUGCACGCUGGAAAAAUUAUGAUAACAUACAGAAAAAAUAGUUCAAAGAUAUUCAGAUUAAUGCUGUUUGCAGUAUUAACUGGAGGUCUUGCACUAUUGCUGACCAAGUGUUCACAGAAUAAAGGAUGGGUUCCAAUUAACAAAAAUUUAUGGUCGCUCAGUUUCGUAUUGGCCACUGGUUCUAUGGCGUAUUUGCUGCUGAUUGUGUGCUAUCUGCUCAUAGAUGUGAAACAAUUCUGGUCAGGUGCUCCUUUCAUAUAUCCAGGGAAGAACUCCAUCCUUGUCUAUGUGUGUCAUGAAAUGUUUUCCAAUUGUUUUCCCGUGCAGUUCAAGGUCCCAAGCACUCAUGGUGCUCUGUUGGCUGUUCACCUUUGGGGUGCUGCUUUUUGGGUCUUGGUUUCUUAUUACCUGUAUGUCAAAAAAUUCUUCCUUGCACUAUAAGGUUUUAAUGACUUAGAAAAAUGAAGGGAUAUGGAAAAAAAGGUGCUAUUUCAUGAGGGUUAUGCAUUUUGAGCUUAUUGUGUACAACACUACUGAGAGCAAAUUCAGUUGCAAUUUGUACAGAUUUAUCUAGAACAAAUGUAAAAUUAAGAAUUGUUUAUACAGUAUUAUUUAUUAUUUGCCAUAAUCUUUUGAUAGUUUAUGAUAAUAUGCAUGUCUUGCACUUUCUUUGUAUAUGUUUGUUAUAUAAAAGCAUCCUGUUGUAUAUGUUGAACUUUUAUAUAUGAUGUUUAGAAAUAAUGAGCUUUACAUAAGCUUGUUUAUAACUUGUGUGCUUUCAAACUGAAGUGGACCAAAUUUUGUACCAAAAGAAAUUUAAGUUGAUAACUUGACCCACAGAUUAUUUUAUACUAUGAAAUCCAUUGAUCUUGACACUUUGGGUAAGUCUUAACUGCCCAUACAACUGUGGGCAGACUUUAAAGAAUUUUUGUUAUGUUUGUUUGUACAUGUAUUAAACAUUUCAUGGUAUAUACUGGUAGAUGUUUGUAAAGAUUCAAUGAAAUGUGACAUGUUGGCUAGGAAAUUUUUUUUUAAUUUAUGACCUCCACCCCUAACUGUAAUGUCAGUAAAUAUAACAUGUAACCUUGAUAUCUUGUUUUUUUACUAGCUAGGGGGUAAGUGAUACCUUCUGUAGUUGUUCUAGUAAAUAAUGAAUUUGUGUUUAAUAAAUGGAAAUCUCACUAUUGUCUAAUUAGGUGUGUUAAUGUGAAAAGUAAAUUUGGUCUUUUAUACAAAUUGCUGAUUAGAACUUAAGAAAAAUAACAUCACACAUUUAUGCAAGUAUAUAUUUAUAUAUUUUUUUAUAUUGUUCAUUAAGUCUUUCUAUGAACUGUGUUAUCUGUUUUGAUCCAUUGAUCACUGAUACAUAUUAUGCGUGAAGAUAAAUACAUUUAAUGAAAGUAGCAAGAUUAGUCCUCAGGGAGAAAAACUUGACCACUGUUACAUUUGAGUAAAUUUUUAUUGAAAUGUUAUCUUUGGCCAGGGUUUUUUCCUCGGUGAUAACGUUUAAAGCAUGAAUGCAACAGUGAAAUAAGGGAAACAUUUUUGUUUACAUUUUUGUAAGGUUUGAUAUUACUUUCAUUUGUCUUCUCCUUUGUUGUUAUUUAAAGUCAUACUAGUCAUUGUAUGUUUAUAAUUGCUCUAAGGAGAAAUAUGUAAUUGUGACAGCUAAUGGAUGGAUCAUUUAGUCAUUUUAUUAGUUAUAUUGUAAAUAUGCCUCCACAAUAUUGGAAUUGUUGCUAAGAAUCAUUGCCCACUAAUGUUCUGUUAAAGUACUACAAAAUAAGAACAGUUGUUUAAAGAGUGUACUGGUAUGAAUGAAUAAAUGGGUGAGUCAAUUAAUAAAUGAAUGAAUUUGAUGUGUCAUCUUGUUCUAGUAUAUAUUAAUGACAACUGUUUGAAAGAAGAAAAAGAUACUUAAUCUUUGUAUUUGGGUAAAAUUCAUCAUUUGUAAUAAAUACUAGUAAAUUUUGUGUAGAGCAAUUUUUUUUUCAACCAGUAUAUUGAACAGUUAAAAGACCCUACUUAAUAUAUGCCCCAUACAUUGUAGUACUUGUAGAUAUGUACAUGUAACAAGUAAUACAUUGUUUAUUGGCCUAUUUGUUAAAGCUUAC